AUGUUAAAAGAUUCGAAAUUUUCAUCACAUCUUCUUCAUUUAUCACAAUUACAAAUUAUUAAUCAUAAAACUUUGGAUGAAUAUCGAGAUCGUUUAAAAACAUAUGAAGAUUAUCUGUGGUUUGGUAAACCUGAUCAAAUAUCAGCUAUUGAAUGUUCACGCCGUGGUUGGGCAUGUCAAUCAAAUGAUUUGAUUGAAUGUGUUAAUUGUCAUGCACAAAUUUUUGCUCAAUUACCUAGUGUUCUUAAAAAAGAACAAUAUACGGAAUGUAUAGAAAACAUUUGUCAAUCAUUAGUUAAUUCUCAUCAUCGUUAUUGUGUAUGGAAAUUUAUGAUUAUACCUGAAUCAAUCGUACAAUUAACAGAUAUUUAUUCAAAUGAAACAGUUAAUAGAUUAUUAAAAGAAGCAGAAGAAUUUUUAUCACAUAUAAAUCAAAUUGAUAUUGUUGGUCAAUUACAGACAAUAUUUCAAAUUGAAUCAACAGAUUUUGAUCUUUUAUCGAGUUCAUAUUUAAAUGAUCCUCGUUUGAUAUCAGCUUUUAAAAUUCGUGUUUUUUGUUGGAAAUUUAAUAAUUCAUUAUUAAUUUGUGAUAAAUGUUGUCGAGAAAUUCGUAUCAAUAUGAAUCAUUUUGUAUUUGAUCCAAUUCUAUCACAUCGUGCUUGGUGUCCAAUUUUAAAAAAUAAUCAAUGGAAAAAACGAAUCGAACAAAUUGAAAAUAUUCUUUAUAAAAAAUCACGAAAUAAAAUUAGCGAAAUAAAAACAAAUAACGAUCACACAACAGAAAAUAUUCUUCCUGAUAUAAUAUCAACACAAAAUCUUUUUCAUGAACUAAUAUCAAGUAAAGAAUAUUAUCGUUCAUGCGUACAAAGUACAUUUGAUGACAAUACAUCAACAUCCGAUAUGGAUCGUACAAAUAAUGAAUCAAUAUAA